CGGGUCAUCAGGUAUUGGAUUGUCUGGCUCGACAGCGGGCAUGGGGUCACCAGGUAUGACAGCGGGCACUGGGUCACCAGGCAUCAGGUCAUUUGGCUCGCCAGCAGGCACCGCGUCAUCUGGCAAGGCAGUGGGCACCGAGUCACCAGGCACGACAGUGGGCUCCGAGUCAACUGGCAUGACCGAGGGCACUGGGUCAGACAUUGGAUCGUCUGGCUCGACAGCGGGCAUCGGGUCACCAGGCAUCAGGUCAUUUGGCUCGACAGCGGGCGCCACGUCAUCUGCAAGGCAGUGGGCACCGAGUCACCAGGCACGACAGUGGGCUCUGAGUCAAUUGGCACGACAGCCGGCACCGGGUCAUCAGGUACCGGAUCGUCUGGCUCGACAGCAGGCACCGGGUCAUCUGGCGCUGGAUCAUCUGGCUCGACAGCGGGCAUCAUGUCACCAGGCAUGACAGCAGGCACUGGGUCAUCAGGUACCGGAUCGUCUGGAUCGACAGCGGGCACCGGGUCAUCAGGCAUUGGAUCGUCUGGCUCGACAGCGGGCAUCGGGUCACCAGGCAAUGGCAAGCCAUUUCCAUUCUCACUGCCAGUCACGUGUACCAUUCGUGCAUGCGCACCGCAUCGUAGAUAAACCGCACAUGCGCCGGCUCC